AUUUAAUUAUUAUUUUGACAUUUAUUUUUAGAUAAUAUCUAAAAAUUUGAAUAAUAAAUGACGAUGUUUAUUUUGCGUAAAAAUCCACAACAGCAUGUUUAUUCUUUUUUUAAUAUCUUUUCUUUUCCACUCUUUUUUUAUAAUUUAUCUUUUCUGCAUCAUCGCACUUCCAUCAAUGACAUUCCUUUACAGCUUAUGUAAAUUAAAUAUUAGUAAUACUUUGGUUAAAACUUUUUUUAUUUUCUGAUCGGAAGUGGAGGCACUAAUUGCACGAAUCUAAUCACUACAAUGCUUACCAGCUGGCAAUGUAUGAAAUCCCUGAUAUAUUAAUUAUUUAUUAAACAUUUAUAAUUAAUUAAUUGCUGAUAAUUUAUUAUUAUUAAUUUUGGAUGUUUUAUAAAAUUUUAUUCUAUUUUUUUUUUUUCAUUUUAAAGGAUAAUUAUUUUAUUAUGUAUCAAUUUUGUCUUCUUUGAAUGAUAAAACAAAAUUUUCAUAAUUGUGUGUGAGUUACUUUCUGCAAAUUAUAUUCUCUCAGAUUACUUGCGCUGUUUUUUGAAACAUUUUUAAUGAAGCUGUAAAGAGAAAUCGGUGACUGAAACAUUUAAAUCUGGUAUCUUUAAUUGACUUAUAUUACCAAAAAUCCACUAAAGAAAUCGAAAGUCGAUUAGUCUGUCCACCUUGUUAGAUAAUAAAUUUAUUUCGUUCGAUCUCUAUUUCCUGUUUAAAGGAGCACUGUGACGUAGCGUCAAACAAGUCGCAAACAAAUUGUCUAACCACAUUGUCCUCUCGUUUCAGGUUUACUGGCGCAGAUGCUGAUGCAAGACGACAAUGAAUGGAGCCAAAGUGGAGCGAGUGGGUCACCAUACAAGAUUCCUAGGAGUAUCCGAAAGACGAGCACGGGCGAUGCCAAAUACGAGUGCAACAGAUGCGGGAAAACAUACAAGGCUACGACAUCUUUAAGCCGACAUAAGCGACUUGAGUGCGGCGUUAUGCCGUGCGAAGUAUGUCCUAUCUGUGGCCGCAGAUUCAAGCACAGAUUCGUCCUAAAUGCCCACAUCGUUGGUUGCGAGAGGAGAAUGAAUCAGACGAUACAGAAGAAGGAUUACGAUUAAAGACAGCAUUAAUCAGCAAGGAAGAACGAGAACGAUCGAUUACGCAAAAAUUACGAUCAACAAAUAACUUAUAUAAAGCAGGAAUUGGUUGAAAUAUUUUUGAUUGACACCAUGUACUUCCAGAAUAUUUGUAAUUAGAAAUCCAAGAAAUUCGUGCAUGGAGAAUAGAUACUUUGCUUAAUAAUAAUGUAAGAUAAAUAUUAUAUAUGUGAACGUUAUAUGAAUGAUAUGCCCGUUAUAUUUCAAGAUAAUUGGCUUGCAAAUGUUAAUCUGAACUUUUAGAAAAGUAAAACAAUUUUAAAAGA